AUGUUCAACAGCAGAGCGUCAUCCAGCGCAGCGAUCAAGCGUCUCACUAUCGAGUACAAGCAGCUCUCAACAGACCCCAAUUCGCUCUUUCCAGCUGUCGGCCCCAUCUCCGAAGAUAACUAUCUAGAAUGGGAGGCACUCGUGCCCGGUCCAGACGGCACUCCCUUUGAGGGCGGUGUCUUUUCAGCACGCCUCAGCUUCCCUGCAUCAUAUCCGCUCGAACCACCAACUAUGCGCUUCGACCCUCCCAUCUUCCACCCGAACGUAUAUGCCGAUGGUCUUGUAUGCAUCUCGAUCCUUCACGCCCCAGGAGACGACCCUAACAUGUACGAAUCCUCGUCUGAACGCUGGUCUCCCGUUCAGUCCAUCGAGAAGAUCCUGCUCUCUGUGCUAAGCAUGCUCGCAGAACCGAACGUCGAAAGUGGUGCCAACAUUGACGCCUGUAAAAUGUACCGAGACGACCGCGGAGGAUACGAAAAGAUCAUUCGCGACUCAGUCAAGGAGCAGCUCGGCCUGUAG